CAAUUUGCGACAUUUUUGACUCAAUUCCAUAUAAAUAAACGGCUCCCUUAAAAACUCCCAUUAUAUUAUUUUCUCAAAAUCAAAAACCCAAAUUAAGGGAGGAGAAAAAAGAGAAUGAAGAACAAAAAAGAAAGUUGUGAGUUAUGCCAUAUGCCUGCAAGCACAUACUGUGAAUCAGACCGUGCAAGGUUAUGUUGGGAGUGUGAUACCAAAGUUCACAAAGCUAAUUUCUUGGUUACAAAACAUAGUCGCAUUCUUCUUUGUCAUAUUUGCCAAAAUUCAACUCCUUGGUCUGCAUCUGGUUCCACUCUUCCUCCUUCUUUUUCUUUUUGUGUUUCUUGUGCUUCUAAUUCUUCUCAUCAUCUUGAUGAUGAUGAUGAUGAUGGUGAUUAUGAAGAGGAAGAAGAAGUAGAUUCAAGUCAUGAUGAUGAUGAAGAGGAGGAUGAUGAUGGUGAUAAUCAAGUUGUGCCAUUAACAUCUAAUUCUUCAUCUGUGCCAUCUUCAGCAGAGGAUAAUAAUGAUUAUGAUGAUGAUGGUGAUUAUUAUGUAUAUCAUGAUGAUGAUGAUGAUGGAGAGCUUAAUGUAUCAAUGCUACCUUCAUCAUCAAAGCGUAAGCGAGAGUUUUAUAUGGAUUCCUGAUGAUAAUUUUAUUUUCCAUCUCCUAAUAAUUUAUUUAUUCUAAUUAAUCAUCUGGUCGGAUAGUAAUUAAUCAUAUCAUCUGUACAUUAGCUCAUUGCUAUGCUGAUUCCAAUAUCUAUUCAUUUCAUCAUACUCUGUACAAGUUUUAAUCAUUUUACAUAAUUAACUCAAGAUUAUUAUUUUUUUUCUUUCCA